UUUUGCGAGCCCUGCGUCAUGGGCAAGGCAACUGACGAGCUCGGUAAGAGGGCUCCCACUGAGGCAACACGCCCUUUCCAUUUCGUCCGCAUGGACACGACAUCAUACAAGGAUCGUGGUCACCUUGGCUAUAAGUCCGCAAUGCAUAUCAUCGACGUGUGGUCUAGCUACCACUGGGUCAAAUACGGCAAGACCAAAGGGGAGAUGUUCGAGCGCCUCAAGGAGUGGUUUAUUCAAGUC